ACUAGACGCGGGGGAUUCGGCCUCGCCGUUAUAUGUUUCUGCCCAACCUUAGGUGCCGUGUAGUUUUCUUGACUUAUCUUAGUAUGUCUCGGACUAACAAGAGUCAUAGGCCACCGGGUUUGAAAGGAAAAGAGAUAGGUCUUUGGCAUGCUGCUCAAUCGAAAAACCGAUGCAAAGGUGAUUUGGACUACCAGACUAAGUUUGCUCCUAUGCCUCUUGUCGGCCUGAAUCUUCAGAAAAUUCAGUCAGUUAUACAAGAAUUUGUAGAGCCAGUUCCUGAACUCCCCAAAACUAGUAAUGAACAUAUUUCAUCCAUGUGUAAACUCCCAACUCUCAGUACUUCACAACAAACUCCUGAAGAGGACGAAGCAGAAGAAUUAUUUGGAGAGAUUCAAGAUUGCUUUGAUGUCUCAGUGGGUCUAUGCUCUGAUCCUGAUCAAAUGUUAUUAACAAAAGAAAGCUUGGCUCGAAAUCCAGACAUCGAUCAUGAGCUCUGUCUUUCAAUGCGGAACUGCAUGAGUUCUGCUGCGUACAUAAAAAUGUCAGAAUCCAGGUGUGAACUCCCAGCAUACCAAUUCAAAGAAGAUAUUGUCUCAACUAUUCGAAAUAACCAAGUUGUUAUAAUAAGCGGUGAAACAGGUUGUGGGAAGACUACACAGGUUCCACAGUUUAUUUUGGAAGAUCAGGUCUUAGGUGGAAAUGGGUCUGUUACGCGCAUCAUUGUAACACAACCUCGGCGUAUAAGUGCUGUUUCGGUUGCUGAACGUGUAGCAACUGAAAGAGGACAAUCUAUAGGAUCUUCCGUUGGCUAUCAGGUCCGAUUAGAACGCCGAUAUCCUCAACGUCCUCAUGGAUCUAUCAUGUUUUGUACGACAGGAAUUAUUCUUCAAUGGUUUCGUUCUGAUCCACUUCUAAAGAAUAUCAGUCAUAUCAUUGUUGAUGAAGUACAUGAACGAGAAUUUUUAUGUGAUUUUCUAUUGUGUAUGCUAAAACGAAUUGCUCCUCUUCGUUCAGAUCUUCGAAUAGUUCUCAUGUCGGCAACAAUCAACGCAGAAAAAUUCGUUGAAUAUUUUGACAAUUGUCCUAAAUUUGAAAUUCCCGGUAGAACCUUCCCAGUGAAGACAUAUUAUUUAGAAGAUGUUUUGAGAGAAACUAAAUUUUGGUUGCCAAAUAAUGCUAUAACCGCUUUAUGCCGUGAUCAAUCACGUACAUUAAAACAGCGUCUUUUAAAAUCUAAUCUUUCAAAAAAAGAAGCUCGUAUAUUAUCUUAUGGAAAAAGCCCUGAAUUCAAUAAAUGGUUGCAUUCAUUAACAGGAUUAUCGUCCAAUGCAAUAGAAAUUUUACGUAGUGUUGGAGAAGAUACCUAUCCUCAAACCGAUCUUAUUGCACAUUCAGUUGAGCAUAUUUUACAGAAUACACAAUCGGGUGCAAUACUUGUUUUUGUUCCAGGUCUUGUCGACAUAAAAGAUGUAAUCAGAUGUUUGCGUGAAUUAAAUCCAAGACGAUAUGAUGAUCGUUAUGGAAAUGUUAGAAUUUAUCCAUUACACUCAAGAAUUCCCACGUCUAGAGAUCGCUCACUGUUCGAACCCUCACCAAAAAAUCAAAGAAAAGUGAUUAUAGCAACUAAUAUCGCUGAAACGAGCAUAACCAUUCAAGACGUAGUUUAUGUGAUUGAUUGUGGUCGUAUCAAAGUGACAGAUUAUGAUCCAAGACAAAACACAUCAACUUUAACUGCGAUCCUGGUUAGCAAAGCCAAUGCAGCUCAGCGUUCUGGAAGAGCUGGCCGUGUACAACCUGGCAUCUGUUAUCAUUUAUUUCCAAGUUAUGUAUACAAUAAUGUUAUGUCAGAUUUCCUACAACCGGAAAUGUUACGUGUCCGUUUAGAAGAUGUGAUUUUAAGAAUAAAAUUGCUAGGCCUUGGUCGUGUAAAGUCUUUCUUAACCAAUUGUCUUGAUUCUCCUUCUGAAGAUGCUAUCUCAAAAACUUUAAUAUUUCUUAGACGAAUUCAAGCUCUGAAAUUAAUCAAAUCGGAAACAUCGAAUUUUAAUACAUCUCAUUCAAUAAAAUCUCAUGAAAAAACUCAUAAAGUCAAUCGAAAGUCUCUUCGAGAAUUUUCAGAAGCUGUUAAAAAGGAUGUAAAUGCUGUUGGUGUAGAUUCUUUGGAUUCUAGUUGUAUCCAUUUAGAUUCAACAGAUGAAGAUGACGAUGAGUUAACUCCUCUUGGUGUACACUUGGCCAAUUUUCCACUGGAUCCACAAUGUGCUAAACUCUUAAUUUUCGGUGCAUUAUUUGGUUGUUUAGAACCAAUUUUAGCUGUCGCUUCGUGCUUAACAUUUCGUGAUCCAUUUGAAGUACCUUUAGAAAAACAACAAGAGGCUGACCGAUGCCGAAUAGAAUUGUCUCAGAAUUCUCUAAGCGACCAUUGGGUAUUUGCUACAGUUAUUCAAAGUUAUCAAGGACUUAAUUCACAAAUGGAACGUCAUCAAUUUUGUCGAAGAUAUUUUCUUAAUGAACGUACUAUAAAGGAUAUUAUUCGACUUAUGAAUGACUAUUCACAACUGUUAUAUGAACGAAGGUAUAUUGCUACUCCAAAACCUAAUGAUUCGAAUGCAAACUGUAAUCAAUGGAAUAUCAAUCUUUUCCGAGCAAUAAUGUGUGCAGCAUUAUAUCCAAAUAUUGUAAAAGUGGAUCCAAGAUUUACUAAAGAAGGCAAACCUAAAGUACCAGUUAUUAUGGCUUGUCCAUCUGAGGGUAGAGCAAAUAUUCAUCCAUCGUCAGUAAAUAGUAAAAUUCAACCAACUGAGCCUAUAUGGAUGGUUUAUUUUACAAAAACUAAGCUUGAAUCAGGAUCUUAUCCAUCCAUAUUCGACUCAACUGUCAUAUCACUGAGACCUUUGUUAUUUUUCAGCGGUAAUAUAGAAGUAUCAAAGGUUAGUGCUUUAUAUACUGUUAAGCAUACCAUUACUAUCAUUAUUUGAGGUGAACUAAUUAUUUAUUUCUUAAUUAUAACUAUGAAAAAUCUAAAUUUUCCAGCAUAAUACAUUACUUUUAAAUUACAACAGAAAUUCUGUUAUAUUUUUCUUUGUAAAUAACAGAUUGUUAGAUUAUGUAGAAGCUGAAAAUGUGUAAUGAUGAAUUUUUAAAGUAGUUUUACCUAAACUAUACUAAAUUCAGAAGAUAAAAUUAAUAACGCUUAAAUUAGACGAUUUGCAAAAGAUUAUUUGAAAUCACAAUUUAAUAGUCUACAAAUGUUUCUUUCUUGUUUUGUUUCGCAUUUAUUCAUAAAUAUCAACCUUUUAUUAAAAAUUACUAAUAAUUAUUACCAGUUUUAUAUGUCAGGCUUUAGUUGAAAAAUCAAAUCUCUAAGACUAAGAUUCGUAGUAUGUUAAUCAAUAUGUUGUUGUAAAUAAUCCUUAGAAUAUCUCAAGAGUUUUUAAAAGUCUACAAAUUGAAACUUUUCACAAUGACUUACAAUAUUCAAAUAACGUGCUACACACAGAACAUUCCCAUUUUCUACUUUCAUUGUCCUCGAAUUAUGUUAGUUAUGAGUACCACUAAGAUACGCAAAACCUAGUGUGUUGGAAAUUUGCUCCAUUUGUCCAAACACUAUCCUAUUCAAGUAUGAAUCAGCUAUAUAUUUUUCAGUGUUUUAUGCUCAAAUUCUUACUCCCGAAUACUGUUAUAAAUGUUGCAGAUUAACCUGUGUUGUUUUUGGCUUUCACUCAACAGAAAUCGAACCUGUCCUCAAGACAGUUAUACAUUUUAUCGCUUGCUGUAAUCAAGAAAUUCAAUAUAAAACAUAUGAAACAGAGUAUUGAUCUGCUUAUGUAGCUGGUUGAACUGUCUAAUUUAGCUUUGAUUGUUUGACUGACGUUUAUGUACUACUGACCGAGUUAUGGGAUCCAACUGUUAACCACCAGUUGCUUCGACUGUCGAGAGUUCUCUAUAACUAAUUCGGUACUCUACUAAGUACACUUCAUAAUGAUAGCGUCCGAGUCAGGCUUUUAGGUUCGGAUUUGAAUCAGAUUAAUGACUGAUUUUAUCAAUUAACAAAGCAUACAAAUAUAUAUUUUGCAUCUCAUAUUGUUUUAAAGGAUUUUGUAUUCGUAUUUCUCUCAUAUUUGUGGUAAACAUCUCAAAAUAGUUAGUGGAUCUUUUCAUAGUUCAUUUAAUCUGUAUGGUUUGUGACUAACAGAUUGCAGUUAUCAUACUUUAGAAGCACUUCUACAAUACUUUACUGUUAAUGAAAAUAAAAUAAUAAAUACAUUUUCUUCUUUGGCGCAAGUGAUGAUUAUUUCAGUUAUGAUGUAUGGUACUCGUCCAUACAAGAAAGUACUUAUAAGGAUUUCGUUGCCGGUUUACUGGAAUAGAAAUCUAAAUCUUUACUUGGCAUGAUACUUUUGAAAUGAUGAAUUAUUUUAUAUUACACGAUCAAAAAAUAUGGACAAGAAUAACUGAAUGUAAGCUCUAUGAUUCUUGAUAAAAAAAAAGAAAAGUCAUAUCUCCUUAGAACCUUAUCAUUCAAAUAACAACACGGAUGUUUGGUCGUAGCAUUGAGUAAUGCAAUUUUAGAUCUAUCCUUGUUUUGAGUUAUAAAUAUUCUUUGCUAAUGAAUUCUAGCAUGUACUGUGACCAAAUCUGAAUAUUUCUAUCAGAUACCGCUAACGAUUCAGUAUCAAAUGCAAUAUCCAGUUAUUUAGUUCACUAACAACAUUUUAAAGUUAACUGGUGAAACUGUUAGCACUAAGUAGGCAUAGUCUGUUAUACGAAUAAUCACUUUUUAGUGUCAGAACCUAUUAUUUUUCUUUGUUUGACAAUGCAUAAAAUUAUUUUAUGUAGUAUGCGUCAGCAAAAGGUAAUAAAAUGUUCCUCUACUUUUAUAGAAUGAUACAAGUCUUUUCACCAUUGAUCAAUGGAUUAAAUUCAGCGGGGAGUUAAAAGUAGUCAAUUUAUUGAAAGUUAGUUCCAAAUUGAUUGAAACUAUCCUUUCCUAUUGACUGAUUUUUUAAUUAAUGUGUAUUUACAUACAUUAAUUUUACAUAUAAACCCUCCAGUUCAUGUCAAGUAAGGUUCACUGUUACGUAAAGUUACACUUUACUGUGUCAACAGUGGUCCAAUCACUCUUGAGCGCAACACAAUAUAUCAUUUCAUACUUUUCGGUGACUGAUUAAUUUGAUAAAUUAUACAUUCUAGGAACCUAUUAUUUCUCAAAUCUUUUGAAUAAAUACUAAUGCCAUUUCUAUGCUUAGUGUUUGAUUAAUAUCCUUGGAUAUUUUUCAAAACUAGCAUCGUGACUAAAACAGAAUACAAAAACAACUAUGGUUGCAAUAAUAAUUCAUGUACUCUGUCAUACACCCACAGCAAGUAAAAGUGUAAACUUUCCAAUUUAAUCUGGAAAUCAGGCUAUUUUAUCUUCAUAGAAAUGAAUUCAUACUAGGAAAUGAUAAAAGCACUGUAGCAUAAUUUCUGACUAUGGUUCAACUUGUCAUUUUGUAGGGAGUAAGUUUUUAUAAUACGUGUGGUGUUACCGUACGGGAGACAGCUCAGUGAUGACGUCCCAAACUGUGAAGCUGAGUGACGCGGGUUCAAAUCCCCCGAAGCACAUCAUUUUCCCAUCAAUUACUGGUGUACGUUGCUGAUAAAUACUAAUCAACAAGAAACCUACAUCCAGAGUUGCUUGCUGCCGAUCCUCAACCAUACAAAAGGAUUUUCUAGAUUUACGGAAAUGCAUGGAUGGACUGUUGGAACAGAAGUUUAAAAGUCCUAGCGUGGUUAACUGGGAUAGAACAAAUAAGGAAGGACGACUCCUUCAAACUAUUGUGGAUCUAUUAACAAGUGAACCCCCGCCAGCUGUUCAAGUUGAGAAAUUAAACUUAAAAACAUUCUCCCUAGGCAUCCAUAAAUAGUUAUUCGCACCACUGAUAACCCUGUAGAUAUAUGUUUUAACAAUUCUGUUUGUUAAUGACUUAAAAUAAAUCUUGUCUAUC